AUGCCUGAAAGCUAUGAAUUUCUGACAAAACAACUUAAUGCUACUGUUUUGAACAAAUAUAAUAUACUUGGCGACGGAAUGCCGGCUGCUUUGUUCCCAAUUUUGUCAGGAAAAACGGAAUUUGAAUUGCCAGACGCAAAAAAGCGUGUCCCUGGCAGCGGGUUCAUGGAUGAAACACAAUUUAUAUUCCACAGGGUAAAGAAAAUUGGUUAUCAAGCUGCAUACUUCGAAGAUCUAUUGAGAGUAUACUCUGGCACAUAUCAGUACCGUUUCAAUGGUUUUCGCAGACAACCAGCAGAUCAUUACUUAAGUCAUCUACUGAGAGAAGACCAGUCAAACGAAUUCUGCUUCGGUGGAGCACCAAGAUUCCAAUUUAUGAUGAAUCUCACUGAACAGUUCUUUGAGCUCCCAGGGAAACAUUUCAUAUUCACCUUAAUUAGUGAUAUCACUCACAACGAUAUAAACUAUUUGCAUAAUGCUGAUAAACCGCUUGUGGAGGUUUUGGAGCGUUUGGAGAAACAGGGAACUUUCCAGAAUACUCUUCUAAUAGUUAUGGGGGACCACGGGUCGAGGAUCAAGCGAUUUCGUUACACUUACCAGGCGAAAUUAGAAGAACGCUUACCUUUCAUGGCUAUUCGCUUGCCAGACAAGCUUAAAGCUGCAAAGCCAAUAGCCCAAAAGGCUCUACAAGGCAACGUGGACGUAUUGACGACUGCACACGAUAUCCACGCAACGAUAUUAGACAUUGUCGGGUUAAAGAAAUAUUUGAACCCUUACAAGGUCAAGGGGGCUGAUUUACCAAGAGCCAUGAGUUUGAUUCGGAAGGUGCCUCGUAACCGCUCGUGCAGCGAGGCAGGCAUCGAACCUCAUUGGUGCACCUGCCUCAGAUGGGAAGAACUGGCUCCUGCCGACUCCAUGUACGAGCGAGCGGCUCGCGCAGUUGUCAACCACAUCAAUCAUAUUACUAAGUCUAUGCGGUAUAAGGAUGACGCGAAGUGCAUAAAUGAUAUCCAUUCUCAUCUCAAGCAAUAUUGCUACUGUAACUCCUAA